CACAAAUAGAAGGAAAAAAAAAAGCCUAAAAUUUCCCCGCUCCACGGAAACACUCCGUCCCGUCCACAAAUGAAUCAACGGCGCAAUUUCUCGUUCUCCUCUCUCCUUGUACUUCUUCUUCUUCUACUCCUAUCGCCGGCAGUUGUCUUGGGAGAGUGCGAGGCUGACGAUAAUUCCGACCGCGACCGUGCGACGGCGCUGAAGUACAAGCUGGUCGCACUCGCGUCGAUUCUGCUGGCCGGAACGAUCGGAGUCUGCCUCCCCGUGGUGGCACAGAAAAAGAUUCCGGCCUUGCACCCGGACAAGAACGUGUUCUUCCUCGUGAAGGCCUUCGCCGCCGGGGUCAUCCUUUCCACCGGAUUCAUCCACGUGUUCCCCGACGCGUUCGAGAGUUUGACCUCGCCCUGUCUCCCCAAGAAACCCUGGGGCGAUUUCCCCUUCGCCGGAUUUAUCGCCAUGGUGGCCGCGAUGGGGACUCUGGCGAUCGAUUCCUUUGCGACUUCGUAUUACACGAGGGCACAUGGUAAAAAUUGUGAGGAUGGGAAGGACGGCGGCGGCGGCGAUCUUGAGGCGACGGAUGGCGGCGGCGGCGGCGGUGGUCACGUGCACGUGCAUACGCAUGCGACUCACGGCCAUUCUCACGGCGCUAUUUCGGCGGGGGCGAGUUCUGAUGAGGCGCAACUCACUCGCCACCGCGUCAUCUCGCAGGUUUUGGAGGUUGGCAUCGUCGUGCACUCAGUGAUAAUAGGCAUUUCGUUGGGCGCAUCGGAGAGUCCCAAGACAAUAAGACCUUUGGUUGCCGCCCUGACGUUCCAUCAAUUCUUUGAAGGAAUGGGACUUGGAGGCUGCAUUGCUCAGGCGAAAUUCAAGGCCAGAGUUGUGGCAUGGAUGUCUGUCUUCUUCUCACUCACAACUCCACUAGGAAUCGCAAUUGGAUUCGGCAUAUCCAACGUGUACAAGGAGAAUAGUCCAACUGCUUUGAUAAUGGAAGGAGUGUUCAAUGCAGCAUCAUCUGGAAUCUUGAUAUACAUGGCACUUGUGGAUAUGCUCGCAGCUGACUUCAUGAACCCAAAAGUGCAAGCCAGUGGACGACUUCAAAUCGGAGUGCAAAUUUCUCUUCUUUUAGGUUCUGGCUUUAUGUCCCUACUUGCAAAAUGGGCUUAAAUUUCCAUUAAACUUCUGUAGGUUUUUUUUGUUUUUUGUUUUGGGGUAUUCUAUCCUUUCUCUUCUCCUUCAUUGCAUUAUUAUUUGAAAUGAAAACUUCAUAGAAUUGUUCCGUUUCACGAUAGCACAUUGUAAAUAAAC